AUGGACUUGAAUUCCUCUCCUCCCAAUUCCAAUUCCAACACCGCCAUUCCCGUCGUCUCAACCUUUUCAUCGCCUUUCGAGAACCGGCCUUCGGCACAAGAUGGGCCCAACGGUUGGACCCGAAAGCCCAUAAGCUUGUGGCCCGGAAUGUACCAGUCGCCGGUGACAAAUGCACUGUGGGAAGCGAGGUCUAAGAUCUUCGAGAGGUUCUUUUUGGACCCUCCGAAAGACGCUCCUCCACAGAGCGAGUUGCUCAACAAGACUCCAGCGCAGAGCAGGACCACAAUUCUGUACAAUUUCUCGUCGGAUUAUAUAUUGAGGGAGCAGUACAGGGAUCCUUGGAAUGAGGUUAGAAUUGGGAAAUUGCUUGAGGACCUUGAUGCUUUAGCGGGAACCAUUUCUGUCAAGCACUGUUCUGACGAUGAUAGCACAACAAGGCCACUCUUGCUGGUCACUGCAUCUGUUGACAAGAUUGUUCUGAAGAAGCCGAUUAGUGUUGAUAUUGAUCUAAAAAUAGUUGGUGCUGUCAUAUGGGUUGGGCGAUCAUCUAUUGAGAUUCAAUUAGAAGUCACCCAGUCCUCUAAAGAAGGAUCUGACAAUUCAGACUCAGUAGCUCUUUCAGCAAACUUCAUAUUUGUGGCUCGUGAUUCUAAAACUGGGAAAGCUGCUCCAGUUAAUAGGAUCUCACCAGAAACUGAAAGAGAAAAAUUGCUUUUCGAGGAAGCAGAAGCCAGAAAUAAUCUGAGGAAAAUAAAGAGAGGAGGAGGAGACAAAAGAGAGUUUGAGAAUGGAGAAGUAAAUAGACUUGAAACACUGUUGGCUGAGGGAAGGAUCUUCUGUGAUAUGCCUGCCUUGGCAGACAGAGAUAGCAUUCUUCUGAGGGAUACCCGCUUGGAAAACUCAUUGAUCUGCCAACCACAGCAGAGAAACAUCCAUGGUCGAAUCUUUGGAGGGUUUUUGAUGCACCGUGCAUUUGAAUUGGCUUUCUCCACAGCUUAUGCCUUUGCAGGCUUAGUGCCAUACUUUCUAGAAGUCGAUCACGUUGACUUCUUGAGACCUGUGGACGUUGGAGACUUCCUGCGUUUCAAAUCAUGUGUCCUCUACACAGAAGUUAAUCCAGAUCAGCCUCUGAUUAAUAUUGAAGUUGUUGCUCACGUUACCAGGCCUGAGCUCAGGUCUAGUGAGGUGUCGAAUACAUUUUAUUUCACCUUCACUGUACGUCCCGAGGCGAAGGCCAAGAAAAAUGGAUUUAGGAUACUAAAUGUGGUUCCAGCAACAGAGGAAGAAGCACGCCAUAUAGUAGACCGCAUGGAUUCUCAGGCCUUGCUUUCAACAAGAGGCUUCGGAAAAUAA